GAAUUAGGAUCUUAUCUCUUUCUCGCCUCAUAGUUUCAAACACCACCAUAAAGAACAAGAGCUGGAGCUAGAGCUGAGUGCAAAGAUGGAGAAGAUACAGCACACAACAGUACCGACAAAUGGCAUUAACAUGCACAUAGCAUCUAUAGGUAACGGCCCAGUCGUUCUCUUCCUCCACGGAUUCCCUGAGCUAUGGUACUCGUGGCGCCACCAACUCCUGUCCCUCUCCUCUCUCGGCUACCGCUGCAUAGCCCCCGAUCUUCGCGGGUUCGGUGACACCGACGCGCCGUCCUCCCCCUCUUCAUACACCCCGUUCCAAAUUGUCGGCGACCUCGUUGGCCUCCUCGACCAUUUGGGUAUCGAUCAGGUCUUCUUGGUCGGCCAUGACUGGGGAGCUGUGAUGGCCUGGUACUUCUGCUUGUUCAGGCCAGACCGGAUCAAGGCCCUGGUCAACAUGAGCGUGGCGUUUCGUCCUAGGAGCCCAUCAAGAAAACCUGUGGAGAGCUUGAGGGCUUUGUUUGGCGAUGACUACUAUAUUUGCAGGUUUCAGGAACCGGGGGAGAUUGAAGAAGAAUUUUCUCAUGCAGGAACUGCAAGAAUAAUAAAGGCUUUUCUUACAUCUCGCAAUUCACGUCCUCCUUGUAUUCCCAAAGGACGAUUUGGAGGUUCCUCUGAUACUCCAAUUACCUUGCCACCUUGGUUAUCAGAAGAAGAUGUCAAUUAUUUUGCCAGCAAAUUUGAAAACAAGGGCUUCGUUGGAGGGCUAAACUAUUAUCGAGCUAUGGACCUAACCUGGGAGCUCACAGCACCAUGGACCAGAGUACAAAUAAAAGUGCCAGUUAAGUUUAUUGUGGGUGACCUAGACAUCACCUAUUGCACCCCUGGCGUCAAGGAUUAUAUACACAAUGGUGGUUUCAAGAGAGAUGUGCCAUACUUGCAAGAAGUAGUUGUCAUGGAAGAUACAGCUCACUUUAUAAACCAAGAAAAGCCAAAGGAGAUCAGCACACACAUCUAUGACUUUAUCAAGAAGUUCUGAUUUUCCAUUUCCAACAUCAGCAUUCCAAAUUUCUGUAUCCCUUUUGUGCUCCAGCUGCCUCUUUAUUGUCUCUUUUGGAGGAUUUCAAUCCCAAAUCACAUACGAUUGGUGGUUCUGUUCCCCACCCAAAAUAAGUGAAAGUACAAUGAUUUAGAGACAGUUGCGACUGUUGAACAUUGUUAA